AUGGCUUUACCUGAAACGCUACACGAUUUUCUUUUAGUCUUUCUGGGAUCGGGUCUUAUAUUAGGAAGUCUAGGGGUAGUAUUACUUACCAAUCCCAUUUUUUCUGCUUUUUCGUUGGGACUGGUUCUUGUUUGUAUAUCUUUAUUCUAUAUUUUAUCAAACUCCCAUUUUGUAGCUGCAUCACAGCUACUUAUUUACGUGGGAGCUAUUAAUAUUUUAAUAAUAUUUGCUGUGAUGUUCAUGAAUAGUUCAGAAUAUUACCAAGAUUUUAAUCUUUGGACCGUCGGGGAUGGAAUUACUUUGAUAGUUUGUACAAGUAUUUUUGUUUCACUAGUAACUACUAUUCCAGAUACAUCAUGGUACGGAAUUAUUUGGACUACAAGACCAAAUCAGAUUAUCGAGCAAGAUUUGAUAAGUACUAGUCAACAAAUUGGAAUUCAUUUAUCAACCGAUUUUUUUCUUCCAUUUGAACUCAUUUCAAUAAUUCUUUUAGUUGCUUUGAUAGGUACAAUUGUUGUAGCUCGGCAGUAA